GGGUUUAAAGUUCUUAGAUAGGCUAAAAGUUCCUACAUGAUUUUAAGAAUCAAAUAUUCUUUUCCGGGUUUUUUUCAGACGCUUUGUUUUAGAUUUGAUUCUUAGAUCUAUUCGUUUUUACAAACAUAGGAAUUUCUUUACAACCUGAAAACAAAGUUAACCUAAAAAAUUACGAAAAAAAGUAAUCGAUUUAUACAACAUAUUUUAUAUCAAUCGAUAUCAGGAAGAAAUAUAUGUAAUUUGACGAUUCUUUGAAGACAUGGAUUCUAAAAAGGCAGAGUCAACUAAGAAUGAUUAUAUUAAUGCAAAAACAGAAUACGAUAGACUGCGUGCAGAAAAUGAUGUACUGCAAGCAUUGCGAAAAGGAUUAGAGGAAUGUAAGAAAGAAAAUGUAUCAUGUGAAAAAGAUCUAAUGGAAUUCUAUAGAUUACGAUUAGAUUCACAAACUACAAAUAAAAAAAGAACUGAGGAAUUAGAUAAAGGUUCUUUGAUUAUGAAAUCAGAAGAGUUGUCUUCUUUUGACAAAACAACAUUAGAUAUUGCUAAACGAAGAAAAAAUAUUGCUGACAUGGAAUACAAUCUUUCUUUAAAAGAGAUAAAUAUGGAAUUAAACUUUCUAAAUAUGAAAGUUGGAUCUCUUCAAAACAAAAUUAAUUGCAUGCAGAAAUCAAUAAAUUCCGCUAAUGGCUUUAUACACAAAGCAGAAAAAGAUGUGGAUGAUUUCUGUUCUCAAGAUAUCUUCAUGAAAAUGAAAUUAAAAGAAUAUAAUCAGGCCUUAGAGAAGUUAGAAGGUGAUUUAGAGAGCUUAAAAGUCAAAGAUUUACAAUCAUAUUUGAUAUUAGAAAAGUAUAAACAAUAUCUAGACAUGGUAGAAGAAAAGGUCAAAGUAGAUAAACUUUUAGAUAAAUAUCAUGAUCUACCACCAAAUAUAUUGCAAGCUAAAGUAAUUCUUGAAAAUAAACAAAGAGAUUAUGAUCAACUUGAGAAUACAUUCUUACAAUAUAAUAAGAGAUUUUAAGAAUGUUUUCAACAAUAUAUAUCGUGUGUGUGAUACAUAAUAUUAUAUAUAUAUAUAUCUAUAUAUAUAUAUACACACACAUACGUAUAUAUAUGUGUGUGUAUAUAUAUGUAUAUAUAUGUAUUUUGUCAUAAAGUUAUAAAUAUAUAAUUUGUAAUCGUCUAUAAUUUUACUUCGAUCGUUUUAUAUUUAAUCAAUAAAAAUAUAUAAAACUGAAGUAGUGCUUUCUAACUUGUAUUUAUAUUUUUAAGAAAAUUUUUGAAAUUGAUUAUUAGAUGGCGCUUCGAUCAGCAUGAAUUUUGAUUGUAGGUUAUAUAUCAAUACAUAUUCGAAGUCGAGUUCCACUGGA